AUGCCUUCUCUCUUGUCAACCCUCAGCAUCUUAGCUCUCGUAGCUACCCACGUCUCCUCCCACGUCAUCAUGGUCGAACCCCACCCCUUCAACCUCGACACAGAACCCCUCUACCAAACCUGGCCUCUCAGCGAAGAUCUCCCCUUCCCCUGCCAAGGCCGAACCCAACACCCUGAGCAAGUCACAAAGGUAACAGCCGGCACGACCCAGCUCGUCAAGUUCUGGGGCAGUGCCGUCCACGGCGGCGGAUCAUGCCAGUUUAGCGUCGCCUACGGAAAGGAACCCCCCAAGGAUCCCAAGAAGUGGCACACCAUCUACAGCAUUAUCGGCGGGUGUCCCGCUGAGGCGGAGGGUAAUAUCCCUUCCACCGGUACGGAUCCGCAUGGUCGUGCGAAUGGUAAGGAGUGUAGGAAUGAUACAGGCAAGGAGUGUACUAAGCAGUUCAACAUUCCUAUUCCCAAGGAUAUGCAGAAUGGGCUGGCGACGUUUGCUUGGACUUGGUUCAACAAGAUUGGUAAUCGCGAGAUGUACAUGGUCUGUUCUCCUAUUGAAGUCGUAGGCGGAAAGGAUGAUAGUAGCUACGCUGAUACGCUACCUGCUAUCUUCCGAGCUAACAUACCUGGGGAGUGUACCACUGGUGCUAGUGGAAGUGUCAUCAACUUCCCUGAGCCUGGCGACUUCGGUAAGAUUUACGAGCAGGGUACACCUGGAAGUGAGGGUACUUGUGCCAAGGGUGUUGAGCCCAACUUCAAGGAUGAUGCUGCUGCUCCUGAGCCGGAGAAGCCAGCUGAUUCUGGUUCCCCUGCUCCCACUCAACCUAGUGCUCCCGCUCCGGCGCCUGAACAGCCUUCUGCUCCUAUAGAGGGUGCUCCCGCUGCCCCUUCGGCUCCUGUUCAGCCUAGCGCCCCUGCACCCGCUCCCGAACAACCUUCUGCUUCAGCGCCGGCACCUGAACAGCCUUCUAUUCCCGCUGCCCCCUCUAGCAUGGUUACUAUGCCCAGCGCUCCCGCUCAACCCACUGACGCUCCCGCUCCCGUUGACUCAGCCAAGCCUGAAGCCGGCGGUCCCGCUUGGUCUGGUGAGUUUCAGGCCUGUCCCUCUGAUGUCAAGUCUGGCAUGAUGCACUGUUUCUCUGAGACGUCUUGGGGUAUCUGCAACGGAGGCUGGGCUUUUGUGUCCAAGGUCGCUGAGGGCACUAAUUGCAUUGACGGUGCUAUCGCUGCUGAAUAA